CUUUGAUUUUUUGUGGCGAGAAUUUUGAUAAUGAUAAAUCGCUGAGGAAUGAAUCACUACUUCCUAUUUAAAUUCAUGUGAAUAAAUUAAUCAUCUUCGCUAAAUGUUCUGGCUGUAGAUUUAGUGAUUGAAUGUGUGUAGAGAUACCGCAUUCCUUUAGCUAAAUUACAUAAAAUUUCAAUUCUCAGGUUAGUCAGGUUUGCACUGCACGUAUUCACCGUUCGCAGUCAUCUCAUGGAGGACAUCAAUUCACCUGGCAAAUCGGGAGACCUGAUCGAAGUGAUCGACUCAUCUUUGUUAUCAGAUAGUUCUAAACAAGAAUGCCAUAACUCACCAGUCACUGCAAAAGAAGCAAAAAAUCGGUACGAAUGUCCAAUUUGUUUUUGUUUUCUGCAAGAUCCAGUGAUAACAGUUUGCGGUCAUCGUUUUUGCAACAUUUGCUUAUCCAGCUGUUUAGAAAAUAAUGAGAAGAGGUGCCCAAUCGAUAACAGGAUCUUAAAUCCGAAUGAAAUAUUUCCUGAUAAUUAUACCAAACGAGAAAUAGAAGAAACUGUGGUAAUAUGCCCUAACGAAGGUUGCCUUGUACCAAUCUCCGCUAAAAAUUAUGAAGAUCAUUUGGAAAACUGCAAACAUAGAACGGGUGAUUUUGGUGAAAAGAUCAAAUGUUUUGAUUGCCCUUUUCGUAGUGUAGGAUGCGACUUUAAGAUUACCUCUUUACCUUUACAACUUCUCAAUCAUCUUAAACAUGAUGUAAUGCAGCACAAUCAGCUGUUGCUAAAGGAACAUAAAAUUUUAAGCAAUCGGUUUCAAAAUUGCCGUAAUCAUUGUCCUCACGAUGACAGUUGUACCGAAGGUGAAGAGUUUGAUAGAAAUUUACCUGGAAGGUUGCCGUUUUAUUUGAAUGAUGUGUAUGAAAAAUUAACGGAAUUAGAGCAACGUUCGAUGGAAUAUAUGAUUCGUAUGAAAAACAUGUCAACGCAAUGGGAUAGAAGUUUGUCAGGAACCAAUUACGCGAAAUUUAGCAAUCCAGAAAUGAACAGCGGUGUGCUGGUUUGGAAAGUGCCCAAAUUCCGUGAAAUGGUCACACAAAUGAAACUGGACCGUAACCACGCUUGUUACAGUCCAAUGUUUUCAACUUCGGAAUUCGGAUACAGAUUCCGCGUACGAUUGAUGUUGUCACCUAAGAAUUCCGACGCGUUAGCAAUAUUAUUACAUCUAGUUAAGGGAAACUAUGAUUUCAUUUUGAAGUGGCCGUUUGUUGGAGAGUUCACGAUUUGCAUUAUCCAUCCUCUGGAUCCAAAUUUGAGAUUGAAGUCAACUUUUAAGUCAAACGCGAUGGAGGCUUUUCAACGACCGGCUCUUGAUAUUAAUCCUCGAGGAUUCGGUUUCAACGAAACUGUAAGAAUAACCGAAUUAUACACUCAGGGAUACGUGCAAGAUGACAAAUUAAUUGUUGUCGUUUAUACUAAAUCAAACGAAGUAGAUUAAUUUUAUUUAAGUAUAUUCACCGUGGAGCAUUUAUUGUUUUGUACGAUGAAGAAAAAUUAUGUUAAUGUGAUGAAUAGCUUAGUAUAUUUGAACAUUCCAUUGUAUGUACAUGUACCUUCCCUACUCGAACUGUGUGUGCAGCUUGUUCGAAAUCAGUGGACCCCCUUUCCGGAAGAAGUCAUAAAAAGGUUUUGUCAACAUUAAACGUACGUAGCCAAAGCCAAGUUUUAUUUAUUUUUCGAGGGAAACUUCUCCGGAAAGAACGGGGGUCACUAAUCUUGAACAUUCUGUAUGUACUUAUUCUCGGUGCUCUCUAGCGAAUAUUCUGUCCAAGGUUGUUAUUCAAUCCGUCCAUGUUAUAGUGAUACUGUUGAAUUAUUAAUAAUUAAUUUAUACUUUUUGUUAUCGUCGAACAAAGAAACAAAAAAAAUCAUUGUAUUAGUUUUUGUAAGUGUUUUAAAAAUGUUAAUUUUAUUCGAAUUAUAAAUAUUCCUCUAAAC